UGACGUCAGCAGCAGACCAGCAAUAAGUAGAACUGUUGUGAUUGUAUUUUAAAUUUUGUGACUCACAUUUGUGUUUUCCAAAUUUUCACUUUAAACAAGUAUAUUAACAUCUGUGUCUAGCAAGUUUUGUUCUAGUUGCUUGGAGUGGGAUUAUUUAAUUUUACAACGUUUCGUUUGGUCGUCUAGGCUUGGACUCCCUUGUUUAAUAAAUUGCCACAGUAAAUAUUCGCAAUCAUGUCGCUAUAUCCAUCAUUGGAAGAUAUGAAAGUGGAUUGCAUGGCUCGGGCACAGCUGAGUCACCAGCAAGUUCCGCCCGCACAAGGAACCCCUCAUGUGGCUGCACUCCCCAGUGCUCCAGUCCAGGGUCAUGUUUAUCCAUCUUUAGGGGACUACAUGGGGUUAGAACUUUCCGCUGAUGUUAUAGCUCUGAACAUGCCAGAGUACCAAGUGCAAACUGUCCAACCAGGCACUUUGAUCCAACCUACUGGGACAGCCAACAGCCUAAUUGCUCCAUUGUCUUCUCAAUCCACAAACUUACAAAAAGCAAUUGUUUCCCAAGCUAUCAGGCCAGUGGUGCUAUGCAAAGACAGAGAUGGAAAAUGCGGGCUGAGAUUGCAUUCAGUGAACAGUGGGGUCUUUGUGUGCUAUGUUGCUGCUGGCAGCCCGGCGGCAUUGGCUGGCUUGAGAUUUGGAGAUCAAAUACUGGAGAUUAAUAACGUGUCUGUUGCGGGAAUGUCUAUGGAUCAGUGUCAUGGACUCUUGAAGAAGGCUCCAGCUAAUGGAAUUAGCAUGGCUGUCAGAGACAGACCCUUUGAGAGAACAGUAACUCUGCACAAAGAUUCCCUUGGUCAUGUUGGUUUCCAUUUUAAAGAUGGCAAGAUAGUUGGUCUUGUCAAGGACUCAUCGGCUGCUCGUAAUGGCUUAUUGACUGAUCACCAGAUCCUGGAAAUAAACACUAUUAAUGUAGUGGGCAUGAAAGAUAAGGAGAUAUCUAAAGUGAUUGACAACAGUCCGACAGUUGUAAACAUCACUAUUAUUCCAUCAUAUAUAUAUCAACAUAUGAUAAGCAAAAUGUCAUCUUCUCUCUUUAAGGAACUUGACCGUACACCAGCUGCUUAAAUAAACUAGGCUACUUUGAGGAUUUAAAAACUGAUUGCUCUGAAUAAUCUCACUUGAAAUUAAUUUGGCACUACACAUUACUCGUAUGUUUUACAGAGUACCUUUGUUCUUCAUAGUAACCACAUGGGUUUUUCCUCAAUAAAGAAAUUAAUUGUGCAAUGAUAGUUAAAAUUAAGACAGCGAGUAUUGUAAUUGUUUUUAAUGUAAUGUAAGGAUUAUGAUUUAAUAGAAAUUUUUUGGCAGACAAAUUCAAAAAACAUAUCUAGUCUUGUCGUUUGUCUGUGUGCAAGUGGGAUUGGUUUAUAAGAAAUGUGAAUUAUGCACCAUAAUAAGACCUGUCAUAUAUACAGUCAUUGCAUGAACUUAUUUUUAUUUUAUAUCAUUUUGUGUUGUCUCUGUGAUAACAAAAAGUGUUAUUGUAUCCCAAGUACUAUGUAUAAUAUAAUAUCAAUAGUCCUAUCAGUUUUUCUCCUUUGAGUUAUAUGCAACUAAAGUUAUUUAGUUGAGAACAACCUAUACCUAUUGGGGUAGAAUUGUUUCCUCCAGUCCAUUACCACAAUAGAUUAAAAUAAAUAGUUAAAAAAGGCUGUGAAGUUUAAGGAUUCACCAAUUUUCUUGUAAUUGGCUUUUAAAUUAAAUAUACCAAAAAUUUUCAUGCCAUAAAUUAUACCUUGUCACAUUUAAGCAGUCCAAAAGUGUUUAGUCACAUUAUUGAAGUAUGAACUAAAAGCGACAUGACUCAUGAGACUGAUUUUUAGGUCAGGUGUGAGUUGGUUAAUUAGGUUUAAUUAGAUUAUGUUUCCAUUACUAUUCUACAUGCCUUUUAGUUUAGUAUAGUAGGUUUUAUAUUCUUUAUUUUAAAUUGCUAUUUACCUUAUUAUUGCAUGUGUUAUCCAACUGAUGUAUCCUUGAUGUUAAAACAUUUGAAAGUAAGUAUAAUAUUAAUUUUAAAUAGAUUUUUAUAGUUAUAAAAAUAUACCUAAUAUUGAAUGUUGCCAUUGACGAUCAUUGUAGACAUUUGAGAUAUUAUUUAAGAGUACUUUUAUCAAACUACUCUUAGUACUUUUAUAAAAAAGAGAAUUAUAGUUGUUAAGGAAAUAAAUAAUAUCAUUAUUGGUCUUAAGUUUGUUGUCAAUACAAGAUAAUUUUUUGCACUGAUUUGUUCUCCUUUUUUUAUUGUACUCUAUUGUUGUUAAAUUUAAAUUUGUACUGCAAAUAAAUUCUUAUCUUUCUAUUAA